UUGGGGGUAAUAUCAACUCAUGGACCUAGACAGGUUGAUUAGAUCCAUUUCACUAUGAGUUUCUAAGGCUGUAAGGAGUCUAAGAGUGUCCUCAAUUGCUUAUUUCGGUCUUUCCGAAGGUAUUGCAAUAUUACGCUAACUUUUAGCUAGAACAUGGCCCUAGUGUCUGAGAAAUCAGUUCCACAGUGGGCCUGAUCUAAAUUAGAUCAGACCCGGAGGAUAUAAAUGAGUACUUCCACAGGUCUGGUUUGAUUCAAAUCAGACUCAACAUGAGUUUUUUUUCUUAGAUACUAGGACCAUAUUUUAGUUGAAAGUAACAUAACAUUGUAUUACUUCCGAAAAGACCAAAAUAAGUAAUAGAAGAUAUCGCUGGACUCCUUGCAACCUUAGAAAUUCAUAGGAUUUGAAAUAUGUCUAAUAAGACUUGUCUAGAUUCAUGAGUAGAUUUUAAUCGAAAUUCACUAUUGACCUAGACAAUUCUGAUUGAAACUAUUUUAGGUGUUGUGGAUUUUUGAAUUUGUAAAGAAUUUAACAAUUUUCUUCAUUAUUUAUUUGAGGUCUAUUCAUGAUAACAUUACAUUUAUAAUAAACAAAGAAGUAUGAUAAUUACGGAGUUCAAUGUCAUAUAACGGAAAGAGAGGAGUGAGAAACAUAAGGUCAUGUGCAUCAGAACAAUAAAAAUUAAUUUUGAAUUAGAUUUUUAAAAAAUAUGAUUCCGAUGCAUUGAAGAUUGACAUGUUUAAAAUUAAUAGGGGUGAGAGGGAAAGGUCAAUCCAAAUCAUUUUUAAAAAAUUUCAAAUAAGCAAGCCUCUUUUUUGUGAAUUCGAGAAGAUUAAAACUCCUAAAUUAUAUUUCAUUUAAAAAAAAUAUUUUAAAAUAUCGGAAGCCUCUUACAAACUAAAUUUUUGUUGCUACAUAAAUUACAAAAAACUAAUGAAACGAUGAAUCCCUGCGUGAUCUUGGAGAAGAAGUGUACUUUUUUUUUUAUAUAUAUACCGCGGACAAACAGAUGGAGACAAAGUGGCCAACACCCUUCUUGUCUCUAUCUCCUUCCGACAUCUCCUAAAUUAACACCUUCCUCUUACUUUCUUUUGAUUUCCUUGUUUUUUUAUUGCUUAAUCACAAAGCGUCAGAGUUUGAGAUGUUAUGCAAAAUAAUUGGCCAAAGUUUAAUUUGGACGAAGGAUGUCGUAUAUAUCUUGGGAAUGUUGCGUUAACAGUGGCACCUUCAGCUACUGCUUCCUGCUUCCUUCUUCCUUCUUCCUUCCAUGGAUGUUUUCUUUUCCUUCCCAAACCAUUCCCAAAGGCUCCUUCCUUAGUUACUCUGCUUUUCCUCUUUUUUGUCUCUCGCUUUUUCUCUCGAUGACGGCUCCCAACAUUGAGAUGAUUGCGGCUUUGCUUCGGAGCUGCACGGUGGGGAGGGAGCGAGGUCUACGUUCUCCGGCGACGCAUCUCGUCGGCGGAAGCCCAGAAAGCGUCUCCGUGGAGCUCAACUCGGAGACGGCGCUGCCUUUCCACUGGGAGCAGUGUCUCGACAUGCAGACAGGGGAAGUCUACUACUUCAACCGGGAGACCGGAACCAGGACGAGCAAAGACCCCCGAGCCGCCGCCGCCUACUCGUCGAGCUAUCAUUCUGAGGAAGACGUCUCCUCGUCCUCCGACGACAGCUUCUCCGGCGUCGCCAGCGGCGGCAGCAGCAGCAGAAACGACAACGAGGACAGCAGCGACAGCACCGCCAACUCCUGUCUCACCUCCAUCUCCUCCUCCUCCCCUUCCCGGGCGACCGCCGCCGAGCCUCUCGUCUCCGCCGGAUGUCGGUCCUGCUUCAUGUACUUCAUGGUCCCCAAGAGCGACGACUCCUGCCCCAAGUGCAGCGGCCGCCUCCUCAAGCUCGGCCGCCACGGCAACGUCUGAACCACUCACUUCUUCAAACUCCAGUCUCAAUUCCUCUGUACUUUGGAUCGAUCCAACGAGAAAAAAAGAUCCAACUUUUAUUCCGUGUUUCUCCAAAUUAAACUGAUUUCUGCAA